AUCCACUUCUGAUCUGAAAAAAUUAGGCUAAAGGAAAAUGGGGAAGAGAGCAAGUCGACGAUCGCCAUUGCAAAUGGCUUCUUCCGUCCCCGAGGAAGAUGAAGCUCCACCGAAAUCAACAGUCCUCAACAAAAAGAAAAGAACCGCAACGACUGGCUACUCAGCCUCGGCGGUGCUAUUCAAUCUCCAAACAUCACCGCCGAACUCUCAGAACCAGAAAACCCUAAGCUCGAUCUCGGAACUUAGGGAUUUUGUGUCUUCGCGAUUGGAGGAUGUGAAGCGCAACCUCAUCGAUCGCUCUCACUCUGAGAUUCUCAAGGAUCUCGAAGCCUCUCAUUCUCGCCUCCAUAAGCGCUAUAAGAUCAAAAGAGCGCGGAGUGUUGAGCUUGAUGAACUGUUGCAGAACUGUUGCAGGAUUGAAAAGAGAUUCGAAUCUCUGUGAUUCGUUGUAAAAUGCCAUCUCUGUUUGCCUAAUUAGUCGUAUACAGUUCGUUCUAGAGUGCUAAUCCAGGGAUCCUUAUGAACUAACUAGUGUCACUAGGCCCAUUUUCUUUGUUUUCCUUUCACUUUUACAUGUUUAACAUCACCUUUUUCGUUGUUUUUGUUGUUGUUUCAGCAUGCAAAACGUCAAUCUCUGAGCUUUCAAAGUCUUUUGAGAAAGCAAUUGAUGAUCUCCGCAGCCGUUUUGGAACUCCAGUAGCUUAGGACUUAUUUUCUAAAUCUUACAACGAGGAUUUUCAGGGAAUCAGUUGACUGGCUAUUAACUCUGCUUGGCUCAUGGAUAUAUGAAGAAGGAACAAAGGUUAUCCUUUCCUAGUUUGAAUAUUUUUGAACAUAUGCCUAUCCAAACUUCAGUACACUUGCAGUUUCUGCCUAAGGCUGCAUGUUGCAAAUAUAGAAUUGAAAAUGUU